ACCCGCCCGGCGGGCGCGGCCCCCACCGCAUCACACGAGGGGGCAGCGCGACCGCUUGCUCUGCCCUGGCGCCCGCCUGCUUCCCUCCUCUCGCAGCCUCGCUGCAGCCCGGGCUCUGCUGAGUCAAAGCGCGGAUCAGGUUCCCUGCCUCCACUAUAAAAAUCUCGGCGAGAAAUCUCCGGCGGGAGAGUGAGACGGGGCGCGGGAGGAGCGGGGCGUGAGGUGGCAGGCGGCGAGCCCGUCCGUGGGGAAGCGAAGGGACCCGCUGCGGCAGCAGCAGCCGCUGCUCACCGGGGACGCCCGCGGCUCGCCCCUCUCAGCUGCGGGAGAAGAACCUUUCGCCUCCCGAAAAUGCAACAGCAACAACAGCAACGUCGAAUGUUCACAGCUGCCCUCCUGGCACUUGUUUUCAUUCUGGCAGCUGUGAGUACCGCUGAGGCCGGCAAAAAAGAGAAACCAGAGAAAAAGGCGAAGAAGUCUGACUGUGGGGAAUGGCAGUGGAGUGUCUGUGUGCCCACCAAUGGUGACUGUGGCCUGGGGACACGUGAGGGCACUCGAACUGGAGCUGAGUGCAAACAAACCACCAAGACUCAGAAGUGUAAGAUUCCCUGCAACUGGAAAAAGCAAUUUGGAGCGGAGUGCAAAUACCAGUUCCAGGCCUGGGGAGAAUGUGACUUGAAUACUGCCCUGAAGACUCGAACCGGGAACCUAAAGAGAGCCCUUCAUAAUGCUGACUGCCAGAAGACUGUCACAAUCUCAAAGCCCUGUGGGAAGCUUACCAAAACCAAACCUCAAGAAUCCAAGAAGAAGAAAAAGGAAGGCAAGAAACAAGAGAAGAUGCUGGAUUAAAGGAGUCAACUUGGGCAGUGUGAGAAAGGAACAUCAGCAAACACGAUCGGUUAACAGUUUCAUUUAUACCUAGGCGUUUUAUCCUAAAAUUAUUUAUAGCUUAAUGGUACCAUAGAAGGAAACAAGCAAACACAGAAAAAAAAUAUCUUUUUUUAAUUACUUUAGUAUUUUUAAUGUAUAACCCUAACAACAAUUUUUAGAGGCCUAUAAUAAAGGACUCCAAACUCAUUUAGUCUAUUGUAUAUUGAACAAUGUAGAGGUUUUUAAAAUAUUUUUUUUCUCUAGUCUUGCCAUAGGUCUCAAUCUGGUAAUUACUCCAUGCAAGCAGAACCUGAACCUGUGUGGAGCAGUGCUGAAGCCAGUGGUGCCCUGUGUGGACACAGGAGUCUGGCUCGAUGCAAUUAUAAUUAAGACUGGGACCUUACAUCUGAAAAAAAAACAGGCUUGUUUCUUAAGUUUUUAUUGCAUCUGGAUAACUGUAUGAAAUUAUUUGUUUAAGGAAAGGAUAGGGGCAUUUUGUUGAGUAUUUAGAGGCACAGAAUAUUUUUUUUUUUGGAUGUGUGGUGAAUGUUCAUUCCAAAAUGCCACCAUCUCUGUGUAAAAAACAGUAGCACACCUAUCCUUGGCCAUAUUUUGGAUGUUGGCAGUAAAAAUUAUGAAAUCUUUCAAUGGUUGGAUAUAGAAGAGUCUUACUUUUUCACUGUUUUCUAGCAAUGAUUUUUCCAAGUGGAAUAAUAGCAAAACUUUCCGUUUUUUUAGCAUAGCUUUGCUGGUGGAUGGUAGUUUCCUCUGGUUUACCUGUAAAAGCCGAAAAACACUUUAUUCUAUUUGUUUAGUUUCCCAGAAGGGAGAAUAUCCCUUUCACAAAAUCUAGUUGAAAUUGUUGUGAUUCUGCCUGACCCAACUCCCUUUUGUAUCAGUGGGAAUCUUCCUGUUGAUGGUUGAAGAAUAGUAUGUCUGGUGGGAAGAAACAGAAGAAAUCUCUUUGGAAACUGCCUGAGAUAGUUCCUAUUUUUGAGCAAAAAAAGGACAAUUUGUGGGACUUGAAACCAACAGGAUUUUUUUUUUUCUCUCUGUUAGUAAAACAGAAGGGAAAUAUAAACCAGUACCUGUCGCUUUCUUUCAUUUUUAUGUAAGUAAAAGGACCUUGGAAAAGUUCAGUCAACAUAAAAAUAGUUCCAUGGUUUUAAUUUUUUAAAAUUGUCUGCAUGGAAAAAAAAAUUAUAACAAACUGAUUUUCAGUUUAAUUUAACCUAUUUUAAAUGAUAAGUUCUGGGAAAAAUCACAAAGUAGAAAAAAGAUCUGACAAAGGGCUGGUCUGUCCACCGGUAAAGGGUCGUUUAACAAACUAAACAACCAUCAGACCAGGCUUUUUAGAGGAAACAUAAGGGACUUCAGUGCCCAAAUUAGUUUCAAAAUCAUUGCUUUUAAAUUCUAAAUCUUACAGUUCACCAGCUGGAAAUAAGCUUUAUUGUUUGUGUAGGCUGCAGGCUUGCCUGCUGGUCAGGAGGAAUAUUCUCCCUUAUACUCCUGUGGGUACCCGCUGAUUUUAGCCAAGCUGCAGCGGGGUGUGUUCAUCAGAGUAAAUCACAUCGCUUGUUUGGAAUUAGCUUGUAGACAAGCAGAGAGUCUUUUUCCAAACUAAUGUAUCACUCCCCUUUUCUAUGCAAAAAAACAAAAAAAAAUUAUAACCACUGCAGAGCUCACCCUCUUUUUUCUCCCAUGGAGGGUGUGGCUGAUUUGAACUCACAGCGAGGCAAAUCCUUCUGUAGACAUUCCCAAACCCUUCUGAAGCCAGCUAGCCAUGGCUGCACAUAGCUUAUGAUAGAUUAGCCAUACAAGUAUUUCCCAGACUCCUUGGGUGUGUUUUGCAGUCUGUGUUGAUGUUCUUGUUAUUUUGACUACACUAUUAGACAUACCUAAACCAGUGAUAUAGUAAAAAAUGUCCCCAUCAUGUGGUGGACGUGCAAUGACCAAAUCCAAAAUAUAAUAUAAAGGUUCAUAUUUGGGUGGUUCUGGGUGCUAUUUGGUUUGUUCAUGGUCUAAUCAGGUCUGCCAGUGUUUGUGCCUCAGACUUAAACUAGUGGAUUGGUAGGUCUGAUUGAAAUCAAAGGGAGAAAGAAGCUUUUUCACUCACCAAAGGUUUUCUGUCUAAAUGCUGCAUCAGUUCACUUAAAGUGGUUCAACUUUGAGUGCGAACACUGUUGCACCAUGGUCUUACACUGAGUAAUCUAGUCCAUAUUACAUAGGGAGCUGGCAGGAGUUGGGAAUGAUGCUGAGACCAACAGCUUGACUAUCCUUUAGCAAGCCUUAGACGUGACUUCCAAUAUCCACCUCUGUGAGUAAGAAGAAAAUACAAAUUCCCCUGUGUUUCCUCUGACACCUUAUGGCCCUCAUGAUUAAUUGCCAAUCUGUCUUGGUAAAAGAACAUUCCUAACAGUUUCUGAAGGAGGCCCGGUCAAGUUCCCAUUCGUGCGAUAGUGGUGUAGGGCCUCCAUGGAGAGAGUUUACAGAAAACAAAGAAACAAACAAAAAAAUGCCGCGUUAGGACCAGAAGAAAGUGCAGCAGUCCUGGUAGCAAAGGGUGUGAAAUAGGAGAAUGCUUCCUUUGUACUACUCAGCCACAUAUAUUUGGAUCUGUACUGACAUCUUAUUGUUGACAGUAAUUGGAGUUGUGUAUGCCAUAGUUUGUAAACAAUGAAGAAAAUUCCCAAGAAACCAGCAGAAGACUUUCUGUGGAAACUGGCUAUAAAGGAGAUGAUAAAAGUAAUCCAUGGCAGAACACAGAGGAAGGUUGAAUGGAAUAGGUCAGUCAGGUCAGCUCUGAAAGGAGGUACCUGGUACCUAAUAGGGGCAGUUGCUUCACUAGUUAUCACUAGUUAUCAAGAAAGCAAGAGGCAAGAUUCUGAACAAACCUUUUUCUCAGCCCAUCUUGCUCAGUUUCCACCUGAGUAAUUCUGAAAUUUCUCCCUACUUGCUUUCUAAUCUUUUACCCUCCCUUCUUUGGGAGGCAUGCUUGUCUGACAGUGCUGUGGGGGCAGCUACUUCAGAUGAAAUAUGUGUUUUUUCCUCUUGGUGCUAUCCUCUUACAAUGGAAAAUGACUUAGCAUAGAUGUGUUGCUUAGCUAGUUUAACUGACUGAAGCUUGUUUCAUUAAUGUCCCUCUCAAGAAGCAGUUUCUAUCUUCAUUUGCUACAGCUGUAAUAUGGUAUGGGGAGAUGACAGAAAUCCCUAAAUAACAGCCUUUUUCUGAAGACUCAGAUCUCUUAGAAAAGAGAGGGGUGAGUUGCUGAACAUCAGCUAAGGAUGAAUAUGCAUCCAGACUCUGGGCCCCAGCAGCUUUAAACUUAGAGGAAUUUGGGUAUAGCUCCUUUCCUUUCCUCUGCAUAGGCACACCCAUGUUUCUAAGCAAUUAGACCUGUCUAUAUUUUGAUUCAAAACAAUAUUUAAGAACUGGGGCAUUUUCUGACUUUGACAUGUCUCCUGACAGAAGUGCCCAUAUUGAAAAAGAAUAAUUGCUUGUCAGCCUGGCCUAUUUAACAGUCUAUUAAGUACAGCAAAACCACAGGGCAAGGCUCCAGGAAGGGAAAACAUUUCUUGUACAUGCAGGUAGACAGUAAGUUGUAACUUACUGAUUAUCAUCUUCUAAUUCCAUAAUCACAUUCUGGGCUAUACUGUUUUUCAAAGGAGAAAAAUAAUGAUAAAUGGAAGAAGAAUAAUAAUUAUAAAGCAUAUCAACAGACUGUGUUGGAGACUUUAUAAAGAAGAGACAGAUAUGAAGUCAGGAACAUUUUAUACAAACUUCUUUUGCAUGCUUCUUGAGUAGGGAAGGCAGGAUUACUGGUUGGCACAUUUGUUUUCAGUCUUUCCUUGAUUUGUGCCUUAAUGAAAACUAGUCAAAUGUAGAAUGUUACUAAAAAUACGGAGAAGUAAAAUUCCACUCCGACCUCAAAAGAACAUGUCCAAAAGGAUGCAAUGUCAAAAUGAGACAAUAGCAUGUCUGUCUUUUCUGGUUUAGGAGUACAAGUUAUGAUGAUGUUGAUAGGAGAAAACAUAACUUUUCUGUAACUUUGGUGUACAUCCUCCACCACUUGGCAUGUGACAAUGGAGAAUUGAAGUAAAACAACAGAGCAUUAGGAUGAACUAAGGGGAAGUGAAUGGAGACUGUUUAUGGAAACAAGCCUAUGAAACCCUCAAAACUAACCAUGCUGUUAGCAGGUAGCACCUGAAGAUAAACAUUGUAUGGCAUUCCCAUUUGUUUAAUGGACUCUAUUAACAUAUGACCUUUAUUUUGAGUUUCCUUAGUCUAAUGUCAAUGAUGAGGGUGGGACAAAAGCCAACCUGACUUUGCCUCAGUCUAAGAAGUUCAACAGCAUUAACAAUGUAAAACUGCUACUUUUCUAAAGCAAAAUGUUAGUGAGGUACACUAUUUUGACAUGAGACAAUGGUCUUUCACAUCUCCAGGUUCUUAUAGGAUGGGGAAGCAGGAUGUCAACGGGGGUAGGUAUCUUGCAUUCAGUCUUUUUAAACUCUCUAGGACAGCAUCUUCUGUGAACUUCUGACUGUGUUCUCUCCUUUGUGGGCACAGUUUAUACCUGUUGUCUGUCUUUCCCCACUCAUCUCUAAUUUUUCUAGUAUUUGUAGGUUUUCUGUCAAUUCUGCAAAGGCACUCUACCUCUCAGCCAAACUUCUGUGGAUAUUGUUGAUCCUUCUUCAUGCUUGAGCCUGUGUUCUCCAUUUCUUACUGGAUUGUUGCAAAACAGCCCCAGCAAGCCCCUGCCAUCAGGUACCACUCAUUAUGUCCUUCUAAGAUUAAAAGACACGAAAGCAACUUGUUAAUCAGAAGAUGACAAUAAACAAGGAAAUAUGAGCAUGAACUAAGAGAUUUCCUGCAGUAAUUGGAAGGGUGACCUGCAGAUAAAAUCUUUGUUGUAGCUCAACUUGGGCAAAAAUUCCUAGGGAACAGAAAUGCAUCAUAUUUGAUAAAAAUUAGAGACUAUGAUGAAAGAGUGUCUACCCUUAAUUAGAAAAAACACCUUAUCUAGAUAAACAGCAGCAAGAAGCUGCAUUCUUUCCUGUCGUGUCCUCUUUUACCAUCACAUUAAAGGGAAAAGACAUGGCACAUAGAGCUUCAGGGACAGUGGAAAACUUGUCUGAGCAAAGCAGAGUGCAAAGAGAGCCACUUCUACCCUAUGGGUGUUUGUGUUUGGAGAAGGCCUAGGCAGUCUUGUUUCUAGCAGCAGAAAACUGGGUGCUUUUGGACCAAAACUAAAAAAUGCUGAAGUCUAAUAAUUUUCCUAAUGUUCCCUUUCUGCUCCUCUUCAAAAAAGGCUGUCUGCCUUGUGCCUCAUCACUCUGACCUGAGGGGAAAUUAGAUAUUUCCUGGAAAACAUGAGAAUUCAACUAUUAUCAGCAAUCACCAUCUCAUUGGUGGGGCUGUGCGUUCCUUUUGCCCUUUCUGCAGUUUGCCAUUUAAAUAUGUGGUGUCUUGGUGUACUAGAAACUCAGUAGGUAUUUCUUAACCUUUAAAUCACUUGGCUUUGAGUGAGUUGCCUGUGAAAAAAACUGUACUUACAGUUCUUAUUCCUUUCUUUAAACAAAAAAUCCCACAAUGACGAAACUCACAGCAAAACUGAGAGCAUGUGUCCAGUGUAUGAAUUCACUGAUGAGAUAAAACAGAGGCUCCCAAGUAUUCCCAUUUCAGAAGGUCAUUCAAAGUUAAGGGCUGUACAAAAGCUUUAUCCCUGAAUUCUGUAAUGUAAAUGUAGGAAAAUGGAUAGCAUCUACAGGGCUGUCUUACCCAUACCCAGUUUCAUUCAGUUAAUUACAGUGUUUGAAUUCCCUCACCCUAAUCUACCUGGCAAUAAGACAAUAUUUAACUUUUCUCAUUAGGUCAUUCAUUACACUUCCCGUAUUAUAGUUAUAUAGUUCAUCUAGAUUUUGACAGCUGAAGGGAGUGGCUCUGAUAAUCCAGUGUAUGCUGUGGUUGCUGAGGGAACCUGAAGCAGAUGCAGGCUAGUGCUGCUGCCGUUUGGAGCUAGAAACCACCUAAUGAGUACGUUGGCAUCAGACACUGCAGCUCUCUAAAUAUACAUGCGUACAUACUGCACAUAUAUACAUAUGUCCAUAUAUGGGGAAGCAAAAUAUAAAAAAGUGCAUCUGUAACUCAAAAUGUGUCUCAUAACUAGUGCUGCCAUGUUUUCAAGAUAAAGUAGUGAAAGAGUUUCUUGUCCUAUGUUGUUAUUUACAUGAGGAUAAAACUGUAGUAUAAGGUAUAAACAGCUAGGUUUCUUUCCAUUCCUCAGCGUAUCAGUUUAGGGAUAGCUGUGUCCAAGGAAAAUGGAAAACACAUGCCAAUGAAAUGGCCAAUAGGACUUAGUGCCAGAGUGAUGUUCUCUUCUGUCACACCAAGUAUGUGGAAGGACUUUGUUCAAAGCUUAAAAGUGGAUGAACUGCUUCAAUUAGGUGUGAGCAUAGAAAUCCUGGCAGAAAAAUGCUUUUUUGCUGCCAAUAAAAAAAAAAAAUAAGGAAAAAUGGGAAAAAAAUAUAUAUAUAAAAAAAAAAAAAACUAAAAAAGGUAAAACAGAAAUAAUCUUGAUAUUUGCAGUUUGGGUGUUAAACAGAAAGAAGAAACUAAAGUCAAAAUAACAAAUUAAAGCCUGAAUAUUGUGUUCAAUGGAUUUCUGAUUCUGUAUAUAUCUAUUAAACCAUUGCUAUAUGAUAUCUUCUCAUGGGUUACUCUCUUUUUCCUGUUCCUUUUUUUUUUUUUUCAGUUUGUAUAUUGAUUUUGUAAGCUAGCAGUGUGUUACCUUUUUGAUUUUUUUAAACUUGUAUGAAAGCCAUAUAUCCAUAUUGUAGAAUGAAAGCAUUAAUCCUGUAACAUCCCUUAAUGUUUCCCUUAGUUCUGUGGGAUUGUGGGAGACUCUAGCAAAUGUAUAUGUUUACCAAUUGUAUCAACAUAAUUUACUUGCUCUUAGUGGCGAUAAAGAAUUAAAUAAACUAAUACACAGAA